AUGGAGAAAUCUAAAAACUUUCGCAUCGAUGCGCUUCUGGCUGUUGACCCACCAAAAGUGCAGACCUCGCCGCUUGCGCUGGUCACCUCUUUGGCCACCUCUUCCAUAUCAUCUUCCGAAAGUGUCCAGGCAUCGGACACAAACUCCGAAGCACGGACUGAUACCCCGUCUCCCCCCAGGAUAUCGUCUUGCGGCUUGAUUCCCAAACCGGGUUUUUUUAACUCUCCACAUUCAGGCAUGGUGGGACUACACCCUCAGAGCAGCACGGGAAUUCCUCCUCAGACACUUUAUGGCCAUCCAAUGUACACUUAUUCAACCGCAGCGCUUGGUCAGCACCCUGCCCUGUCCUAUUCCUAUCCGCACGGGUCGCAUCACCAUCACCCAAACGACCCGCUUAAACUCACCGCCAGCUCCUUUCAGCUCGAUCAUUGGCUGAGGGUCUCAACUGCGGGAAUGAUGCUGCCAAAAAUGGGAGACUUUGGUGGCCAGGCGCAGUCAAAUUUACUCGGCAAGUGCAGAAGACCAAGAACAGCGUUCACAAGCCAGCAGCUCCUUGAACUUGAGCAUCAGUUUAAGUUGAAUAAAUAUCUCUCCAGACCCAAACGUUUUGAAGUGGCCACAUCAUUAAUGUUAACAGAGACACAGGUGAAAAUUUGGUUUCAGAACAGGCGUAUGAAAUGGAAGCGCAGUAAAAAGGCUAAAGAACAAGCCGCUCAGGAGGCCGAGAAACAAAAAGGUAAAGGAAAUCAGGACAAAAUGGAUGGACUGGAGCAGAAGGAUUAUCAGAAGGCAGGUUCGGGAAAAAGCAACAGAAUACGGGACAUUAGGGACAGUGACGACGAAGAAGGGGAUAACUAUAUGUUGCAUUCAUCCGAUUGCUCCUCCGAUGACGAACGAACCAAUACGAGCGACAUGAGUCCACAACCAUGA